AUGUUGAUGCUAUCACCAAGCUUCAUGCUUGGAGCUGCUGCUCUCCUGGUUGUCACUCAUCUCAUUAUCCGUUUGACUUCGGCCACGGCAAAGGUUCCCGGUCCCUUGAUAUCCAACUUCACCUCACUUGUACUGAAAUGGCACGAACUCAAUGCCAACCGUACCGUGUACAUUCACGAGCUUCAUAAGAAAUAUGGCACCGUUGUCAGGAUCGCACCCAAUGAGGUCUCAUUCACUUCGAUUGAUGCUCUCAAAGAGAUUUAUGGUUCCGGUGGUAGCGGAUACGACAAAACCGAGUUUUAUGACCUCUUUCAAGUCUACGGCAAGCGAACAAUGUUCUCAACACUGGUUAAAGGCGAUCAUGCGAAACGACGGAGGAUGAUUGGCGAUAGAUAUGCCAACAGCAACGUAAUGAAGCAAGCCCCCUUGGCCGGGAUACAAGAACGCUCCAAGAGAGAGGUUAGUACCGACUACAAGGAGCAGAACCGGUUAAGGAGAACGGCACAGCUGACCAAACCAGCGUUGCACGCAUAUGCUUGUGAUUGCGUUACGCACCAGUUGUUCCACCCAUAUGGAAGCAACUGCCUGCAAAACAAGGACGACGAAGAAAUGAUGCAUCAAGUUGCUGCCGAUGACAGUCUUCAAAACCGUCUGGUCCAGUACUACAGCCCGAUUCUUCACCGUCUUGGAUCCAGCAUUCUGACUAGCUUUGCCAAACCUCGACUGAUUCCUCUGGCCGACAAUUUUGUAAUCGAGAACGCCAAAGAAGAUGGUGCAGCAGAUUUCACCGUUCUAAACCGGCUUAAGGAGAAGGAUAGCGUCCUUGAUACUAUCGACAUGGCUGCCGAGUGUCUCGAUCAUAUGGCCGCUGGCAUCGAUACGACCGGCGAUGUCCUCUGCUUCUUGAUGUGGGAACUCUCACUGCCCCGAUCGACAAAGUAUCAACGACUUCUGCGAGACGAGUUUCGAAGCAAGCCUGACGCCAACUUUGACGAGUUGCCCAUGCUAGAUGCUGUCCUGAACGAGGGACUGAGAUGUUUCCCCGCUAUUCCAAUGUCAUUGCCUCGAUACGUUCCCCACGGCGGCCGUGUCAUCGAUGGCUUCUCCUUACCCCAUAAGACAGUUGUCAGUUGCCAGGCCCUUUCGGUUCACCGAAUUAAUGAUCAUGUGUUCCCCGAGCCGGACAAGUUCUACCCUGAAAGGUGGUUGGAAGCCGAUGGAGAUGCCGACCGACGAAGACACCAAUGGGCCUUCUCUAGUGGAGGAAGAGGAUGCAUCGGGAAACACCUUGCCAUGGCGGAGAUGAAGACCCUGCUGCGAGACGUGUAUUCACGGUACGAAACUGAGCCAGAUGAAUCAAUGAAGAGCGAAUCUAUGGCGAUGGACGAUCAACUGAUUUCCUCGCGACCUCUUGGAAAGCGAUGCCUUCUCAAGUUCGUGCCUGUGAAGGGCUGA